GAUUUCCCUCCUGACUCCUUUACGGUAUUAUUUGCAGCCCUGUCAAGAUUUUCUAUUGUUAGCAAAAUUAGCAUGGCGGCGGUGGCAACCACCAGUCGUACGAGUCCCGUCCCGCAGCAACAAAAGAAUUUGGUUUUCCGCUAGCAAAAUGACAAUCGAACAAUCACAUGCUUGCCCUUCCGCCAAUCACAGCCCGCAGCCUGCCCCUGUCACAAUGUUUAGGCGGAAGUUUCGUCCCCAGCAAGAGUCCUUCCAAGACAAAUAAAUCUAUUCUCGUCCUCAAUUCUCCGAUUCCUCGCCCGCAACCCCCUAUAUCUACCUCCAGAAAUUAUGCCGUUUCGGCUCCCCAUCAUUACACGCUGCUAAUAUACCUUUUCAGCUUCACCUCGCGCAGAUAAACGUUCGAUCGUUCGCGAUCCAAGCAGCAUGGCCAUACCUCCCCGAUUACCUAACGGCAACGGCGUCCUCAAGACCCCUAGAGUUUACUCGGACGAAGGCGAGCGGCGGCGAUGCGAGCACCAUGAGGCAGACGUUGUGAUAGUGGGCGCUGGAAUUGCUGGCUGUGCACUAGCCGUCACAUUGGGAAAACAAGGGCGCAGCGUGCUUCUCCUGGAGAGGUCGUUGAAAGAACCAGACCGCAUCGUUGGCGAGCUAUUACAACCGGGAGGCGUGCGAGCGCUGGAGAAGCUGGGGUUGGGCCAUUGUUUGGAGGAUAUCGAUGCCAUUGAGUGCCAUGGCAUGAACGUGAUCUAUCAUGGGACUGAGGUGCCUAUCCUGUAUCCUAAGGAUGAGCAAGGCGCGCCGUUCAAAGGUCGCUCUUUUCACCAUGGCCGCUUCAUCAUGCGCCUACGCGAGUCGGCGAGGGUGACGCCUAAUGUCACCAUUGUUGAAACUACGGCUGUCUCGGUCAUCCAUUCAUCGACAGAUAAUGAGGUGCUGGGUGUCCAAUGCACCACCGAUGGGCAGAAGGAUUACUUCUUUGCCCCAUUGACUUUCAUUGCGGAUGGAUACGCUUCCAAGUUCCGCAAACAAUACCUGCCUACAACACCUCGAGUGAAGUCGAAAUUCUGGGGCCUGGAGCUCAUAGACGCAGAGCUUCCUCGGAAGAAUUUUGGCCAUGUCGUGUUACCGGAUGGCCCUCCUGUCCUUCUAUAUCAGAUCGGUACACGUGAGACGAGAAUAUUAGUCGACAUUCCUGAAAACCUACCCUCCGCAUCGGUACAGAACGGCGGCGUCAAGGGCCAUUUACGAAGUGUUGUCCUCCCCUCCCUCCCCAAAUGCGUGCAGCCAUCCUUCGCGAAAGCACUAGAGAAAGGCGGUCUGCGGUCCAUGCCCAAUUCUUUCCUUCCCUCUACCACAAACAAGACGCCCGGCCUAGUAUUUCUGGGCGAUUCGUUGAAUAUGCGACACCCAUUGACAGGAGGUGGAAUGACGGUUGCGUUCAACGACGUUGUCCUUCUCCGCACCCUCCUCAGCCCCGAAAACGUCCCCGAUUUCACCAAUAAACAACAAGUCCUGAAACAAAUGUCCAAGUUCCACUGGGAACGGAAGGGACUGACAAGCGUCAUUAACAUCCUGGCGCAAGCAUUAUACAGCCUCUACGCUGCAAAUGACCCCUACCUCAAAGCCCUCCAACUAGGCUGCUUCCGCUACUUGCAAAUGGGUCUGGUAGACGGGCCCAUCGCCCUCCUUGCAGGUGUCACCCCACGCCCAUGGGUUCUCCUUCGACAUUUCUACUCCGUCGCUUUCCUCUCGAUAUGGGAUUUCGCCCGCAGCCAACCAGCCUACAUAUUCCCCGUAACUUUCUUCGAAUGUUUUAUCGUCUUCUGGACAGCUUGUCGAGUUAUUUUCCCAUACAUUUUCGCUGAGGUUCGAAGUUAAGAAAAAAAAGCAAAUAGAAUAAAGGCUACUUGAGAAGAGAACGGAGCGUUAGAUCUCUGUAUAGGACCUCGAGUGUGUGAUUGACCUUUUCCCAAUAUCCCUUGCAACGACCAGAAAGAGAUAGACCGUCUCGCUCAAUCAUCUUUGCAACAUUCUUGUUCUUGAAACAUGCUUUAAGCCCCUUGGAGAUUUCUGUACAUGUAACUGUAUAUUCCAUUGCUGUAGCCAGUUUUCGGUGCGUGAGUGUGGACCAUGUUUACACCCAUAUAAACCCCUCUAAUCCCGCCUUUCUCUUGAUCGCCAUCAACAUAGUCCACUUUGCAGGAUGCACCCGAGUUUUCGGGCUUGUUUUUUUCGUGUCCAACUUAGCCUACGCUGCCAUAUCUUGUUUAAUGACUUGCAUCUUUUCUAUUCAUAUUCCCCCCCCCUUUUUUUCCCUGUUUAUUCACACCAUGUAUUAUUUAAAGAUCUACCCCCCCCCUCUCCUUCUCCGUCCUUUUCUCUUUUCUGUUCUUUUCUUUUCUUUCCUUUUUUUCCGAGUCUCCUAUCUACGAUUGUACUUAAGCCAUAAACCUCUAGCCCGGAUGUGUUCGCCAUUAUGUUACGAUAAUAAACCUCAUUAAUGCACCCCGGGUAUUCAAAUACGACGGCGCUUAUGUAUUAUCUCAAUCUCUUGACCUUUGUUGUGAUACAAUGGAAUAUUGUAAAUCUGAGUCCUUGAGUAAUUUAUACAACCCUUCGUUCCUUCCUUCAAUUCACUUCGUGUUCACCUUGUAACAUACUAUCCGAGGCUUCCUCUACUCCUUCGUUAGAGAAUAGAGGACUUGCAUGUAUAUAUGUAAAAGUCUCCUAGAGAGUAGAGAGGAAAUCAAAGGAGAAAUAAAUAAUAAAUUUU